CUUCAACAUCUCCUAGUCCGCGGCUUUAGCUUCUAGUUACACGGAAGCUCGUGGGUUCACGAUAUUCGUAUUUUCUAGUGCAUUCAUGACCUCGUCUUCCAGCGAGACAUACUCGAGACACUAUUUGAACAGUGCAAUGAAGCGAUCAGGUUUCGCGUGAACGAACCAGAACGUUUCACUACAUUGCGGCUACCUUCAAGAAGUUCCCCGUGCUCAAACCAUGUUGCUAUUCAAGCCUGUACUCCCAGAAAACUUGCAAACACCUCAGGAUUCCCCUUUGCAUGCUAGCUCACCAACGCUUCACUGGCUACUGAAAAAGCGACAUGUUCGCCAUGACGACUCUUUUUAUGCUGCGAUACUCAUUCAUAGUAAGUUUGAUCUCAUCGGUGACUUGCCCUUCUCAGCUCCCUCAGGAUAUACUAUACCACAAGUGCAGUGAUCACAAUGAACAGGUUGCCAUGGUCUUCAUGACGGAAACAAAGUGUCUUUGUUCUCGUCUGAUUGGGAUGUGCGAAUGCGCUUUGGACAUGGGUUACAAUGCUUUCAUAUUGUUAUCGCUGCUAUCCGCUUUAUGUGUCCUUAUUCUAGCAAAAAACAAUUAGUGGUGGUUUACCUGUUAUGAAAC